AUGAGCCAGCUCAAUGCCUUCCGCACGGCAGGCCGUAAAAUUGUAGCGAUUGGACGUAAUUUUGCGGACCAUGCAAAGGAGCUAAACAACGUUGUGCCAACGGAGCCCUUCUUCUUUCUGAAGCCAACCACUAGUUAUGUCGAGUCUGGUGGUACGAUCGAGAUUCCUCAAGGCGUCGUGGCACACCAUGAAGUGGAACUGGCUGUCGUUUUCGGCAAGACAGGGAAAGACAUUCAGCGCUCAGAAGCAAAUCAAUACAUCGGCGGCUACGCACUUGCGGUUGAUAUGACUGCUCGGAACAUGCAAGACAAAGCAAAGAAAAGUGGUCUACCUUGGUCUGCCGCCAAGGGGUUCGACACCUUCACACCCAUCAGCUCCACGAUUUCCAAAGAUCAGAUUCCUGAUCCGCACAAUGUGGACCUCUGGCUCACUGUUGACAAUAAAAUGCGCCAGCGAGGCAAUACGAGCGAUAUGAUCUUCUCUAUCCCUGAGCUGAUUGCAUACGUGUCAUCCAUCAUGACACUCGAGGCGGGUGAUGUUAUGCUCACUGGCACACCGAAGGGUGUGAGUCAGCUACAGCAUGGUCAAGUUGUGCAUGCAGGUUUGCAGCUGCCCGACGCACCCAAUACUCUUGCCGAGCUCAAAUUGCUCGUCCAAAACCGUGUGGGUGGGUAUGCAUUUAAGCCGUAA